GAAAGGGCAGGAAGAGCCUUGAUGUCUGACUGGCAGCCCCAGGACCAUGACGGGGGAGAAGAGCUUGGGAAGUCAGGCCCCCAGCACCCUGAGGAAAGCUCGCCCAGCUGGCCUCCCCUCCCCUGCACUUUGCUGCGCCUGUGGCCUCUGCAUUAUGCUCGCAGGCAUCAACAUCACCCUGGUGGGGGCCUUUGCCACCUUCCUGCCCGGCUACAACCCACCCAUCAUCAUUGGGCCAGUUCUGCUUGUCCUGGCUCUAGGUUUCUUCGGUGCCUGCUGCAUCUGUAGCCGUCGGCCCCCUGCUCCUGGCACUCGCCAUGCCAAGGCGGGCAAUAGGCCAGGCCCUGGUCGGGCAGGCCGUGCCACAUUUGAGAUGGAGACCAGUGAGCACACAGUCCAAGACACAACAGCUGUGCAGCUGAGCCCUGUUCCAUCCCCUGCCUCCUCCCGCCGCUCUAGCCCUGGCCCUGAAGGGGGUCCCCGGGCCUGCCGCCUCUUCACUAUGGAGUCUGAGGGCACAGUGGGAGCCAGCUAUACAUCUGGGGCAGAGGGAGUGCAGCUGAACCUACCUCAGGAGCUUUCCACUUCCUAAGGGGUUACCCUGUGGGGCAGACCAGCUGCACUUCAACCAAGAGCAAGUCACUGGACAGAGCCCACCUUAGGACCCUCCAAGGGCCUUUUGGGGGUGAUGGGUGAAGUGUACUGGCAAGCCCAGAGAGAAAACAAGGGGACCACGGGGACUAGUGGUUUAGAACUAUUUGGGAACCAGCAGGCCUGGGUGUGAAUUCUAACUUUGUUAUUUACUAGCUGUCUCUCUCUGGGUCUCAACAAAGCCAGACCUCUCACAUGACCUUACCCCUUCCUCUGCUUAAAGGCCUAGGGAGGAUGGAGGGAAAGAAAUACAGAGAAUGGGCACAAAAACUUGAUAGUCAAGGUCCUGCCUGGUUCCAAAUCCUCUUAUCUUAUGACAUCAGCAGAGAAAACUAGAUUGACUGCUGUUAUAGCAUACAUAUACAUAUAUGUGGGGGGGGGGUGUCUAUCAGAGUAGAGGACAUAGAGUGAGCCUGAGAUCCCAGGGGGAGGACAGUUACAAACAAGUAAAGAUCCUGGGAGGCUUCCUGGAGGAGGUGACCUUCAGAGGCUGGGAAGGAGCUAAACCCAUACAGAUACACAGUCCAACCCUUCUGUGCACAGAGAGACACUCUCAGAGGUACCAGCACACUGUCCCAUCCAUACACAUAUAGCCCAUCCAUUGCCAUCUUCAUCCAUCAGCCCCAGUGAAGCUGGUCUGCAGGGAAAUGUGGCAGCAAUGGUCCUGUCUACAAAAGGAAGCUGUGUCCAGGCCUUUGAUUACUGCCAUCCUUCUUGGCCUCACCAAAGUCUGAGGCCCCUCUGCCUCUGCCUGUCUGCUAAUGACUGCAUAGAUCCAGCUCUAUCAGAGCCCACGUAUACACUCAUUCCUAUUCCUUAGUGGCCAUUGAUUUGUGUCCAGCUCUUCAUCUUUGUCUAAUAACCCCUGCCCCCAUCGAUUGGGAGGGUCUCUCAGUCUAUGAAUGAGUGACCUACAGGUCACAUCUUUGAGUUCUCUUUCAAGCAGAUCCAUGGAUCCCAUCGACUGUUCUGUGACUCCCACAGGCCGCUUUGUGUGGGAGAAAGCACAAUUGCUUGCUGGCCUACUGAUCUACCACGCUGAACAGUAGACUUCCGUGGCAGUUCUAUGUGGUCCAUGGCUGCUCUUACCUGUCAGCCCCUGUAUCCUUCUCCUUCUCUGUUGAUGCCUGAACAGAUCUAUGUGUCUCUCCAGCUCAUCAGCGGAUCGCUGUCUGUCUGUGGGCCCUGGCUGUCAACCUGCUGCUUCCUCUUGGGGCCAUUAGUCCAUGGGGCCCAGAGGGAACUGGGGACCCUGCCUUCAAGGAAGUUGUAUUUCCUGAAACCUAAAGAAUCUGCUCCCCUUCCCACAGUCAUCUACCUCUCCUCCUCCUCCUCCUUCCCCCCCUCCUUCUCUUCCUCCUCUUCCUCCUCCUCCCCCCAUCUCCUCCCCACCUUCUCCUCCUCCUCCUCUUCCUCCCAAGGUAGAUUGGGCCCUGAAAGUCCAUCAUUAUAGGUCCUCCCUUCCUGAGCCCCAUAGACUUAAGACUGAGUCCUGGAACAAUGCAAGCCCCACCCCUCCACACACACACACAUACACACACUUCUCAGAUCCAACCCCUUCUCAUACUCUCUUCUCUCAAGCAGGGAUCAGGGAGGAGGAGGAAUCAGGAGGGUGCGAGGAGGAGGGAGAAGGGCACCAAAGAGGGGAGGGUGAGGCAGAGGGGACUAGACACCACACCCUAUAGAAAUCAUCAGAACAACCAAGGAACAGUUAGCUGGAAGAGUAGACUUGAGGAGGGACAGGAGCCUUGUCUCCAAGAUCCUGAAGGGCUGCCCUGAAAAGGAGGGGUCAGCUUUCAAUGGCAAAUGUGUUAAAGUUACAAAACAAAGUGCUGAGUGAGAUUGAAGGGGGAGGAUGGCAGGCUUCCUGGAGGUGAAGGCAUUUGAAUUGGGCUUCAAAGAAUGUUUAGAGGGCAGCUAGGUGGCACAGUGGAUAAAGCACUGGCCCUGGAUUCAGGAGGACCUGAGUUCAAAUCUGGCCUCAGACACUUGACACUAGCUGUGCGACCCUGGACAAGUCACUUAACCCUUAUUGCCCUGCAAAAAGAAAAGAAAAGAAGAAUGUUUAGAAAUUCAACUGAUGAAGAAAAGGAGGGCAUUCCAGACAGAGGAGAUGGAUCAUGAACAAAUACAAAAGAGGUAGCGGGUCCCAGAGCAGAGAACAGUCUAGUUCUCUGUUACCAAGUUUAUUCUAAAUUUCAGCCUCAAUUAGCCUCCACUCCACAGAAGGUGAGGCUGAAACACAGUGACAUGUCCAACUGAGGAAGGCUUUGAAAGUUAAACAAAGGGAUUUGAACUUGGGCAAUUGGGUUUUGAGUAAAGAACUCUAUCAUAGAACUUCAUCUAUACAUGAGGUUAAUCUGGUCAGGCAUGAAAGAUGGAUGGCAGGGUUGGGGAUUAAAGAAACCCAGUUAGGAGAUUGCUGCUAUCACCCAAGUGAAUGCUUUUGAGGGUCCCCACUAAAGUGGAAGCAAUGGGAGUGGAGGGUGAAGGGGUGGGGAGGAGAAGGGUCUGAGAGAUGUUACAGAGGUGGCAUCUCUAAGAGUUAGUAACUGAUUGUGGGAUACUCUUGUUCUCUUCCAUGGGGUCAAGGAAGGAGAAGAGAGUGAGUGGGAUAUGUCAUAAAUCUGCAGAAGAUGGACAUGCCUACUGAGCUUCUACUGUUGAGAUAGGUAAGAAAAUAAUGAAUGGACCUGGCAUAGAAAUGAUGUAGGACACAACCAGCAUGAUUGAGGAGAGUUCAAGGACAAACGAGAUGAAUGGCUUAGUUUUGCCCUUGAGAAGUGAUGAAUAAGUCUCAAGGUUUGACUCAAAAGUUGUAUUCAGCCCAGUUGAUGAGUCAGCCUUUGGGGGAACAGGUGCAAGGUUGGAACUGAGAUCUCAGCCAGAAACAGAGUAAUGAGUGAGGAAAAGCAGUACAGAAGAUGAAUCAGUGUCCUGGAUCCUCAGCUCCCUCAAAUGAUUAGACACUGAUGCUCUGAGAGGCUGCAAGUGGAGUAUGAUUAGGAAUGCUUGGCAGCCUCCAGAGGAGAAGCUGAUGUGGCAAUCUGAGUCUAAGCACUUGAAAAAUGUCCCUGUAACUUGUGUGGUUUGGACCCACCUAUAGCCUGGACCAGUUCAUUCUAGGAAUGCAGCUCAUCAGGUGGUUGUUUGAAAGAUAUUUUAUUUUAUUCCUUUUGCUCCUUUAGUUAUAAAUCAUGCAUGUAACCCUUUUCCAUUAUACCAAGCUCACAUGAUGGGGGCCUAUCAAAAUUCAGCAAGCAAAAAAGCAGUGUCUUCCAGUGGAUGGGGCUGAAUCAAGAGACUAAUUCAACAAAUCCACAUGGACAAUCACUGCUACACAGGGUGUGACUGUGUGGAGGUGGAGAUAGGAGAUGGAUAUUGCCAGUUCCACGAGAACCACAAAGAGCUUGUUGUUUCUAUUAAGCAGAUAAUGUAUGGAAUAUAUAACCAUCAGGAUGGUCCUGGGAUUUCUAUAUCCUGUUACUCAGGUGGUUAAAACUGUAUAUGAGAUGUAGGGAGAAGAAAGAGCCAAAGGCAAGCCCCAGGGUUUGGUUUGGUCUUUAAUGUGAGACACUAGGUUAGUAUUGGUGCCAUGGACAGAAAUAAUGACAUCAGAGGGAGAAAAUUGUUUAGGGCAAGGAUAAUGAACUCAUCUGGGACUUGUUGAGUUUUAGCUGAGGAAAAAUCCAGGAGGCAGGUGGAAAUGAGAGACUGACAUUUCUUUUUUUUAUCAUAAAAGUUUUUUUUAUUAUUUUCCAGUUACAUGUAAAGAUAGUUUUCAACAUUUGUU